UGAGGCUCUCGCAUAUAAAAGGUUUAUCGCUGCUUAUGUAAUCAGAUCAUACAUUUAAUUUUUAAUAGUAGAAAAAAGCUUUUGUGUGCAUAUUGGUCAGUUAAAGAGAACGUUAUUUUUGCUCUCGUCUGAAUAGUAAUGCUCACGAAUAUCUGCUUAGAUACAAUAAGCACGUUGUCAGCACGUGCAGCGUUGAGAGCACGCAGUGGCGCGCAAAUAUGAGAUCGAUUUAGUUGGUGCACGAUGACUUGCUCCCGGGAAUAUUACCCCAACCUGUCCGUGGUAACACGCGUUUACCCUUGUCGUACAGAACCCAAUGGCACUGCAGUGGUGAGAACGGUGUGGAGAACUGACAACAAUCCGACAGAGCGUGAUGGUCGUGUCGACAACAAGCAGUUUUGUAGCCGUGAAGGUCGGAGGUCCUUCAGGAAUGUAAACAGUGAUUCACUUGGUUUUCAGCAUCGUGCUCAACCCUUGGGAAACUUUGGACCUCGUGGCAGGUUUCAGGAUGGCAUUGUUGACGGGAUUACAUAUGGAAAGUUCAGCCGGGGUGGCUGGAAAGGAAAGGGGUGGAUGGAAGGGCGACGAGGAGGAAGUAGUUUAGGAGCAGGAGGGGCGGAGAGAGGAAGAGAAAAAGGUGGAGGAGGAAUACCGUGGUUCAGAAUGACAAUACCGCAUGGGAAAAAGUAUGACAAGAAGUGGCUGAUAAAAGCACUUCAGGAUCACAGUCCUAUACCUUUCAGUCCAUUGCUGUACUCUACAGACGGUCACAGCGUUUAUUUCUACCUGAAUGAUGCGGCCGCAGCCAGCGCCCUACGCAAACUAUCAUGCAGGAUCACAGACAGUGAAGGGUACAAAGUGGUUGUUAUCAUGACCCCUUGGGUCAAACCUCCUCUCUACCAAAAUAACCUGAAGCAAGAAGAUCUGGAGCUUAUAAAGAGAUGCAUGUCUAAACGUUUCAAUGGUUCCCAGUGUUGUCUUGAUCUGAGCAGCAUCGGCACUGAUCAUGACUUGGUUUCACAUAAAAUUGAAGUGAUAUUAAACCGAAAGAGCUGCAUGCAGGCCACGUUACGAAUCAUCGAGGAAAAUGUUCCUGAGUUGUUAUGUCUGAAUCUGAGCAACAACAAGCUGUUUAGGCUGACUGACCUUGCAGACCUGGUGAAGAAAACCCCCCGACUGAAGGCACUGAAUCUGUCUCAUAAUGAGCUGAAGUCCGAACAGGAACUGGAUAACCUCAAGGGUCUCGGGCUGGUUGAACUGUGUUUGGACAGGAACCCGCUGUGCGAUAACUUUGAAGAUCAGACCACAUAUAUCAGAGCGGUUCGGAAGCGAUUUCCCAGCCUUCUCAAACUGGACGGUCAUGUCCUUCCGCCUCCCAUCUGUUUUGGUGUAGACCCCGGCACUGCUGUUCCUCCCUGUAAGGGCAGCUUUUUUGUCUCAGAUGAAAUCAGCGCCGUCAUCCAGCCCUUUCUCCAACAGUAUUACAGCGUGUACGACUCCGGACACAGACAGCAGCUGCUGGAUGCAUAUCAUGAUGGAGCCUGUUUCUCCCUCAGCACCGAUGUCUCCAGGUACUUAUUGAGAGAGUAUCAAAAAGACAACCGCAAUAUGAAGCAGGUCAAAGACUCCCACACGCGCUUCCGUUUGCUGAAAAGGUCCCGGCUGAACGUUGUCGCCUUCAUCAAUGAACUGCCCAAGACCCAGCACGACUUCGCUUCAUUUACCAUCGAUGUUAAUACAUAUACGAGCACUUUAUUGGCGUUCACUGUGAAUGGAGUGUUCAAAGAGGUUGAUGGCAGCUCGAACGACCUCAUCAGGGCGUUUACCAGAGUCUUCAUCGCAGUUCCAGCUCCAAAUUCUGGUCUGUGUGUGGUCAACGAUGCACUCUACCUGAGGACGGCCACAUCUGAGGAGAAACACAGAGCAUUCGCAACACCUGCCCCGAUCGCCUCGAGCGGCCCAGUGUCCACCCUCUCUGCAUUCCAGCAGCAAAUGCUCUCUGCCUUCUCCCAGAGCUCUCAAAUGAACCUGGAAUGGUCUCAAAAAUGUCUGCAGGAUAAUGCCUGGGAUUUUCAUCGAGCUGCCCAGAUUUUUACAGAACUAAAGGAACAAGGGAAGAUUCCAGAAGUAGCUUUUAUAAAGUGAAGACACCAAUAAACAUGCAGAUAUGCACGUGAAAGUAUACUUGUGUGCACGUACAUAGUUUUAUUUGUUGUUUGGCAUUUAAUUUGUGAUGUGUCAAACUGCAAUGAAACGCGGAGGUUUGUUUUACAUUGUUGAAUUUUAGUUUUGUUUUUUCUUUAUUAACGAUUAUACCUUGUGUUGAACUUGAACAAAUGACACCACGGCACUGAUUCUGUUAUCAUUUUUAAAAAGCACUUUUCUGUUUUAAUUGUGACGUUCAAAAUCCAACGUGCCUUUUCGUUUUACUAAAUAGUAAUAAACGUUUACGUGAAUGUUUACAAGAAAAUAAAGUUUACGUUUAUUGCAUG